AUGGCUAUAUUGGCGAUUCUAACACAACUACAUUUGGCUUGUGAACAGGUUAUUCAUGUGGCGCUUUUGACAACAAUCAUCAAUAUAUACACCGCAAAAAACGGCGAUUGGUCAAUCAUGGCGGUUUUGACUUCCAUAGAUUCAAGCCUGUCCGUGGCCUCUGUUAUUCUUAUAUACAUCUAUAAGUUUAGAAAGCUCAAGAUGGUGAUAGAGGAGCAUCUU